AAGAGAAAAAGCCAAGUCAAACCCAUUCUGUUAUUAGGUGGAUACGUCCUUAUUUUGUUACUUUUGUUUGUUGCAAACUGCCUUACACUUCUGGUGAGGUUGUUAAACAGACGAAUGCGAACUGUUCCACACAUGCUUGUCGCAUCACUGGCAGUUUCCGACUUUUUAAUUGGACCUUUUUCUUCAGUCCCUUUUUCUGUUCCAGCGUUAGUGACUUUCCAUUGGCCGUUUAACAACACAGCCUACCAAUUUCAUUGUAUUCGCGUAGGUUGCAAUGAGGGUAUGAUGGUUUUUCUUUCGCUAGAAAGCCACAAGUCUCGAUGAUUUGUAAGUCUUUAUAAUGACAAUUUUUUUAAUACUUUGAAAUAUUAAAUGAGUUUUACAAAAUACACCAGGAGAGACUAAAAAAGUAGAAAAUGCAACAAUGUAUGCGGUUAGAAUGGAAAUCAAUUCAUAUCUCAACAACACUAUUAUACAACAUUGAUGUGCAUGCGUUCGCAUUCAUUGCUAAACUGUAUUUUUUUUUUUUUGCGGUCUUAUUUCUUGAUAGCAAAUUACUUUCUUGGAGAAGAUCAGGAUUUAGUCUUCCAGUUUGGAUCAAAACUGAACGGACAACUCAUAAUAUAUUACCCAAAAUAGAGAAACUUGAGGACAAAAUGCAGUAUUAUAUGGAUUGAAAAAGGAUCUCGACAGAUUUUAAAUUUUCCAUUUUUUUUUUUUUGGAAAAAGAACUUGGAGUUGCUAAAAUACAGUUCUUAAAUUUAACAUGGUAACCUAGAAAUUAAAAUGACCAUCUUAAGAAACUGCUAUUUAUUCCUGUACUUUCACUAGAAUAAAAUUUCAUGACUAUGAACUUCGCAUUUCGGCUAAAAACACACACAACUUUGGUAUAGUUUAUUCUUGCGUCACUAAUAGAAGUCAAGGCUACUCCCUACAUUAGCUUUAAUAAGAAAAUAAAUUGAAUUUAGUCUUGGUAACUGAGCGUUCGUUUGGAAUGAAUUUGUUAUCACUAUAAAAAAGUACAUUAAAAAUAUUAAACGUUUUUACAACAAAAGGAAGGAAGAACUUGCGUGCGAUUAAUAAAAAUCACUUUGUUACCAAUAAAGCCGAUAAAUAAGAUCUUUUUAGCCUGUAUUUUUUGUUCCUCAUUUCAGACCAUGUGUUGUUUCCCCACAGAAGAGUUUCUUUAAAAUGUUUUCCUAUUCAGGUGCACAUGUAUGCAUAAUUUUGGAACAGACAACGGGGAAAUUAAAAUACUUUGAGGACACGUGGUCUAGUUUAGGGUAAAAAACAUAAAUAAAGCUCAAAAGACAUAUGCAAGGCCGUUUAUUAGAAUUGCUGCCAUUAUCUUUAAAUGGAAAGUUAUUAGUUUCUUCCACUUAACAGACUGGAGGGCGAUAUGACAACAAUAUGGUAAGUAUAACAGUUUAGGGUAACGUCAGUAAAGCUCCUGAAAAGACUAAGUAACCUGGUAGAUUCUGCACAAGGGAGCUGCUGUUUCAAAAAUCCCUUAAAUAGGUAACUUAAACUUUUUCUUUUAUUCCCCUUUUUUUAUACUAUAUGUAGCGAUAUAUCAACUGUAUGUCACAACAGAUCAAACGCGGUUUUGCAAAAAAAAAAAACAAAAGAAAAAUGUUGAUAAAUCAGAGAAAAUACCACUCAUCCACAAGCUUUCAAUUCGUUCAGAUUGCUAUAAGUACAUUUUAAUGACAAAGAAGAAUAGAUCCAACUAAAAAGCAGAGUUCCCUUUACUGACGACUCUCCCAUUGGUUAAAAUUCUGAAUUAAGAAACGUCUAUCGAGGAACUUGUCAGAUAUUUAUUGACAUUGAAUUGACGUUAGAUCAGAAUUCUAGUAAAAGAAAGUUUCUGUUGCCGUGAAAAGCAAAAUGUUUUUGAAAAACGCCCGAAAAGGAUGGGAGACAAUCGAGAUCCGGUUGAGAAGAGACAAUUGCCUCGAAAUAGCCAACAUCUAUGACGCUAUUUUAGCCCUUUCAAGACCCUAAUGAACGUGAUCUACUCCAUUUUGAUGAAGGUCAGUUGAAGUGGAUGAAAUAUUGCACUUUUGAACUUUUUCAUGGUUUCUCAAUCAGACAGAAAAUUAUCAUUUUAUUUCUUACUUAAAUUGUUCUGCCUGACGUUUGAGGCAGAAUGCACUUCACUUGUGGCAGAAACACCUGCCCCUAGUUGAUUCAAACUAAGAAUUAAAUGCUGAGCUCGCGGAUCGGUUAUAGUUAUUGUCAGUUGACAAUAGUCAAUCUCUGAGCUCAGUUUUACUAUGAAGUAUUACGUUCAGUCUUCAAGGUUUACUUGCUUAUGUGAAGACUAAAAGAACCACAGGAAACUGAACUUCGCUUUUCCUUUUCAGAUUCCUCUUUGAGUACUAUUUACCCAUAUAUUAACUGUGGUUAAUUUGGGUCCUCAAUGUAAUAUUCGGACGAAAUAUUUUGCUCUUUAAUCUUCUGCAAAGGCUUUUGUCAUAGAAAACACAGGUAAAUCAUUGAUUUCUUAUAGAAAUACACUGUACUUGUAAAAUAGUGGUAUUUUUACGUUUAUUUAGACACGUCAGGAUUUUUUCAGCGGCAGAAGUCAUGGAAAUCACUGUUAAGUAGUUUUUAUAAUCAGCCGGUUUUCCUUGACGAUUUAAUUUUUUGUUUAAAGAGAAAUUCAAUAGUGCGCAGAGGUUGGCCUUCCCCAUGUGUUCCCUUUCCGACCUUUCCCCAUUGGACCGGAUACCCCACCUUUUUCAAUGACUUCAAUGAUCUCGUUUGAACCUUUGCGUAUAUUUUUCUAUCUACCAGGAACUGUUUGAUGCUACAAAAGAAAAAUGAACUACACGGCACAGAACCAACUGGCAGAAAUGUUAAGAGAGUUUAAAUCAAGAAGCCAAGCCAAAGCUGCUUUGGUAUUAGGUUUAUACGUGCUUAUUUUGUUGCUCUUGUUUCUUGGGAACAGUUUUACACUCCUUGCUAUGUUGUUAAACCGACGGAUGAGAACAACUCCAAACAUGUUCGUAGCAUCACUCGCUGUUUCUGACUUAUCUAUAGGACUUUUCUGUUCAGUACCGUUUUGCAUUCCAGCAUUGGUAACUUCCCAAUGGCUGUUUAAUGACACAGCCUGCCAAUUUCAAGGUUAUCUGCUUAUUACAUUGGUCUGUGCUUCGAUUCACACAUUGGUCUUAAUGGCAGUGAACAGAUUUUAUAGAAUCGUCAAACCGGCAAAGUACCGACGCUACUUCACUAGAAAGAAAACACUCAUCAUGAUUCUCGUGUCCUGGUUCUCUUCUUUAUGUGCUCCAUUGCCUCUCGUGCUAAGUGGAAGCAAAAUGGUCUUUCAUCCUUUUAAGUUCAUCUGUUACUUUGCCAUUAGAAAAAUGGUAUAUAUUGGUAAUCUGCUUUACAUAGGUAUUCCAAACUGUAUUAUUAUUUACUGCUAUUUUAGAAUCUUCACAACAGUUCGCACCCACAACCGAAAUUUUCAUCUCCCUGGGAAUCCAAUAAGUUCGGUAAACGUAGAAGAAGUUAAGGUGGCGCGCACCAUAUUCGUUAUAGUGAUGUUUUUUAACCUGUGUUGGAUUCCAGUCUUGGCAGUUGAAGUUGUGGACAAUAUUUUUCAAAAAUGGAUCUUCCCUUCUGAGGUUUACAUUUCAUAUACGCUUUUGGCCACUUUAAGCAGCGCUGUGAAUCCUGUAAUUUACGGCUUGAUGAAUAAGAGUUUUCGUAAGAAUUAUUGGAGGGUUCUUCGCUGCAAGUGCUGUCGAUCUCAAGUUGUC